AUGGCCCAGCUAUACUACAAAAAGGUCAACUUCUCCCCGUACCGAGACCGCAUCCCACUCCAGAUCGUGCGAGCGGAGGCAGAGCUCUCGUCGGAAGAGAAGGCCUACCUCAGUGCUGUGGAGAAGGGGGACUAUGCCAGCGUGAAACAUGCCUUGCAGGAGGCAGAGAUCUACUACAACAUCAACAUUAACUGUAUGGAUCCUCUGGGUCGCAGUGCCCUGCUAAUAGCCAUAGAGAAUGAGAACCUGGAGAUCAUGGAGCUGCUGCUGAGCCACAGCGUCUACGUGGGGGAUGCUCUGCUCUACGCCAUACGGAAGGAGGUGGUGGGAGCUGUGGAGCUGCUGCUCAAUUACAGGAAGCCCAGUGGUGAAAAACAGGUUCCAACCCUGAUGAUGGACACCCAGUUUUCGGAGUUCACUCCGGAUAUCACCCCCAUCAUGCUGGCGGCUCACACCAACAACUACGAGAUCAUCAAACUGCUUGUCCAAAGACGGGUGACAAUCCCACGCCCACACCAGAUCAGGUGCAACUGUGUGGAAUGUGUCUCCAGCUCCGAGGUGGACAGCCUGAGGCAUUCCAGGUCGAGGCUGAACAUCUACAAAGCCUUAGCCAGCCCUUCAUUGAUUGCCUUAUCGAGCGAGGAUCCCAUCCUGACCGCCUUCCGGCUGGGCUGGGAGCUGAAGGAGCUGAGCAAGGUGGAAAAUGAGUUCAAGGCUGAGUAUGAAGAGCUUUCACAGCAGUGCAAGCGUUUUGCUAAGGACCUUUUGGAUCAAGCACGGAGUUCCCGGGAGCUGGAGAUCAUUCUCAAUCAUAGGGAUGAUCAGAGCGAGGAGCUGGAUCCCCAAAAAUGUCACGAUUUGGCAAAGCUAAAGGUAGCAAUAAAGUAUCACCAGAAAGAGUUUGUUGCUCAGCCAAACUGCCAGCAGCUACUAGCAACGCUGUGGUACGACGGCUUUCCAGGAUGGAGGAGGAAACACUGGGCAGUGAAACUCCUGACCUGUGUCACCAUUGGACUGCUGUUCCCCGUGCUAUCCGUGGCGUACCUGAUUGCACCCAAAAGCAGGCUGGGACUGUUCAUUAAAAAGCCAUUUAUCAAGUUUAUCUGCCACACUGGCUCCUACCUGACCUUCCUGUUCAUGCUCCUGCUGGCGUCGCAGCACAUCGUCAGGACCGACCUCCACAUGCAGGGGCCACCUCCCACCAUCGUGGAGUGGAUGAUCCUGCCCUGGGUUCUAGGUUUCAUCUGGGGAGAAAUCAAGGAAAUGUGGGAUGGUGGAUUCAAUGAGUACGUACAUGACUGGUGGAAUCUGAUGGAUUUUGCAAUGAACUCCCUCUAUCUUGCAACUAUCUCCCUUAAAAUUGUUGCCUAUGUCAAGUACAACGGCUCCCGCCCGAGGGAGGAGUGGGAGAUGUGGCACCCGACCCUGAUUGCAGAAGCUCUCUUUGCAAUAUCCAACAUCCUGAGUUCCCUGCGGCUCAUCUCCCUGUUUACAGCCAACUCACACCUGGGACCCCUGCAGAUUUCUCUGGGACGCAUGCUGCUAGACAUCCUCAAAUUCCUUUUUAUCUACUGCCUGGUGCUUCUGGCUUUUGCCAAUGGACUGAACCAGCUUUAUUUUUAUUAUGAGACCAGUGCCUCGGAGGAACCCAACAACUGCAAGGGGAUCCGAUGUGAGAAACAGAACAAUGCCUUCUCCACACUUUUCGAGACUCUCCAGUCACUCUUCUGGUCUGUGUUUGGGCUGCUGAAUCUCUACGUCACCAACGUGAAAGCCAGACACGAGUUCACGGAAUUUGUUGGGGCCACGAUGUUUGGGACCUACAACGUCAUCUCCCUGGUCGUGCUGCUGAACAUGCUCAUAGCCAUGAUGAACAACUCCUACCAGCUCAUUGCUGACCACGCGGACAUCGAGUGGAAGUUUGCGCGGACGAAGCUCUGGAUGAGUUACUUCGACGAAGGCGCCACUCUGCCCCCUCCUUUUAACAUUGUCCCCAGUCCCAAGUCGGUCUGGUACCUUUGCAAGUGGAUCCACAACCAGCUGUGCCCAGGAGAUGACUCUGACAACGAACAGAAGAGGCACGAAAACCUCAAAACAUUCACAGAACGUCACGCUGACAACCUGAUUCAGAAUCAACAUUACCAGGAAGUGAUAAGAAAUCUUGUGAAAAGAUACGUCGCUGCAAUGAUAAGAACUUCCAAAACCAACGAAGGUUUAACCGAAGAAAACUUCAAGGAAUUAAAACAGGACAUCUCGAGUUUUCGCUAUGAAGUUCUUGACCUCUUAGGCAACAGGAAGCCCCAGAGGAGAAGUUACUCUACCAGCAGCACAGAGGUGUCCCAAAAGGAGGAAACAAAUGAGGACGGUGCUGGAGAAAAACCCAGAGCCAAGAGCGUGUCUUUCAAUGUAGCCAACAAGAAAAAGGACUUCAACGUAUCUGCUCUGAUUAAAACCAUGUCUGGGAUCAACAUGGUGGAGGAGAAGCCAAAAAGCAACGGGAUCAGCAAGCGCUCCUUCGUGCGGAAUGGGAACAGAGUUCAGAGACUCUCCAGCUCCAAGAAGGAGUCCUUCAAGAGGCUGGGCCUGCUCUUCUCCAAGAUGAACGGCCACGUGCCCGAGCCCAGCUCAGAGCCCAUGUACACCAUUUCAGACGGGAUCAUUCAGCCACACUACAUGUGGAAAGACAUUAAAUAUUCUCCGAUGGACAGAGAGAGAGAAGAGAAUUGUUCCAAAAGUGAAAUUAACCUCAAUGAGGUGGCCUACAGUGGGAACACGAGACUUACAGGACAGAGCAAGGAGUGCCCUGUGGUUUGUACCAGUUCCCUUCACUGUGCUUCCAGUAUUUGUUCCUCUAACUCCAAACUCAUAGACUCGUCGGAGGAUGUGUUUGAUUCAUGGGGAGAGGCCUGUGACUUGUUUAUAAACCAGUGGAAAGACGGGCAGGAGGAUCAUGUUACCACUCGGCUCUGAGCAAAGCUCUCUUAACUCUCA